AUGUCACAAGAUAAACCAGCGGAAACCACUGGAAACAAUCUUAAACUCUCGCCACAGGAUGCACUCUCAGGAUUCAGCUGGUGGACAAGAACACUACAAUAUGCUACAGGGUUAGGAAUCUCCGACCAGGAAAAACUCCAAUACGAAUACGACUACCAGAAUAGAAACCUCGACGAGAAGUGCGUCCAAUGUAACGAAUACCGUGAUUGGAUGUUGACGUAUUCUCCCUCAGUCACAUUCAUGAUGUCCCACAUAAACAAACUCACCAAGGACAAUCGUCCUGCGCUUGACAAAUCCAAUGUUGUCUGUGACGUGUGUGACGACCUAAAAGGAGGGGGAUUCCAUCCCGACGAAGGAAUCUUGCUCUGUGCCAACUGGUUAAGAAGCAGAUCACAAUUGGAAGACGUUUUGACGCAUGAGCUAGUGCAUGCCUACGACUAUUUACGAUUCAAUAUCGACUUGACUGACUUGAGACACCACGCAUGUACCGAGAUCAGAGCAUCGAUGCUUAGUGGAGAGUGUCGAAUCAUGAAUGAGAUAAAAAAGACGGGGUUGGGUAAUUUCGGCCGAAAAUUCCAAGAUUGUGUUAGAAGAAGAGCCGUAUUGUCAGUUUCGGCUAAUCCCAAAUGCACCAGUAAGGAAGAGGCGGAGAAGGUUGUUAAUACCGUAUGGAACUCGUGUUUCAACGAUACAAGACCUUUCGAAAGGGUGUAUAGGUAG